AUGGCAUCGUUAUGGGAUGAUUUGGAAAGUCUUGCGGAUGCCCCAUCUUCAUUCACUGCAGUGGCUGGCGAACGAGGCACAGUUAAAAAUAAGACAGACUUUAAACCCGCCGAAGACGUCGUGGCUUUGCGCAAAGCUGUUGAAGGAUUAGGGACCACUGAGAAGACGCUAAUUGACGUGCUAGCUCAUAGAAGCAGCGAACAACGACAGGUCAUUUGUAAAACGUACCUUGAAGCCACCAACAGAAAACUUGUCGAUGACCUGAAAGGUGACACACAUGGCAACUUUGAACGCCUGCUGGUUGCCCUGGUUACACCCCCGGCCCUCUUUGAUGCUCAGGAGAUUGAGAGAGCAAUGAAAGGAGCCGGCACACAGAAGAGCGUAUUGAUAGAAAUCUUCGCCUCACGAACAAACAAACAAAUUCAGGCUCUGGCUGAGGCGUAUUUGAAUGAAACGGAGAGGAAACUGACCUAUGACCUAAAGAGAGAAGUUUCUGGACAGUUUGGUACUGCCAUCCUCAUGCUCGCUGAGGGCCAGAGAGAUGAGUCCUCCGCUGUGGAUGCAGAAAAGGCUAAAGAGGAUGCUAAGGCUCUUUAUGACGCCGGUGAAAAGAAGUGGGGAACCGAUGAGUCCAAGUUCAUUGAGAUACUGUGUAAAAGGAGCAUACCUCAGCUAAGACAAAUGCUGAUUGACUACAAGAACAUCAGUGGGAAAACACUGCAGCAGAGCAUAGAGGGAGAGAUGUCUGGUGCUUUAGAGGACCUUCUGGUGGCUAUUGUUAAAUGCGUGAAGAAUGUCCCAGCUUACUUUGCUGAAAGACUCCAGGAGAGUAUGAAGGGCGCCGGGACAGAUGAGGCUACGCUGACCAGAAUAAUGGUCAGUCGUUCAGAGAUCGACUUGAUGGAUAUCAGGGCUGAAUUUAAGAAGCUCUAUGAGCACUCCUUGCAUUCCGCUAUUGAAUCUGACGUUUCUGACAGCUAUGGCGACUGUUUGAAGAUGAUUUGCGGAGGGGAAGACUAA